AUGUUGUACUCAUGUUCUGCCAUAGAUGUCACUUAUGAUUCAAAUGCUCUCAUCAUCAAUGGAGAAAGACGUCUUAUUUUUUCAGGAGCAAUCCAUUAUCCUAGAAGCACCGUGGAGAUGUGGCCCGACCUUAUUCAAAAGGCUAAAGAUGGUGGCCUGGAUGCAAUUGAAACUUAUAUAUUUUGGAAUCGUCACGAACCUGUUAGAGGUGAAUAUAAUUUCUCUGAAAAUUUGGAUUUCAUCAAGUUUUUUAAGCUUAUCCAGGAAGCUGGACUAUAUGUCAUCAUGAGGAUUGGCCCUUAUGUAUGUGCGGAAUGGAACUAUGGAGGGUUCCCGUUGUGGCUUCACAAUAUUCCAGGGAUCGAGUUAAGAACCGAUAAUCCAAUUUACAAGAACGAAAUGCAAAUUUUUACCACAAAAAUUGUGAACAUGACAAAAGAAGCAAACUUGUUUGCAUCACAAGGUGGACCCAUUAUUCUAGCUCAAAUUGAGAAUGAAUAUGGAGAUAUCAUGUGGAAUUACAAAGAUGCUGGAAAGGCAUAUGUAAAAUGGUGUGCUCAAAUGGCUCUAUCACAAAAUAUCGGUGUUCCAUGGAUCAUGUGUCAACAACCUGAUGCUCCUCAACCUAUCAUAAAUACUUGCAAUGGAUAUUAUUGUCGUAAUUUUAAACCCAAUAACCCAAAAAGUCCUAAAAUGUUCACUGAAAAUUGGAUUGGUUGGUUUCAAAAAUGGGGGGAAAGGGUUCCCCAUAGAAGUGCUGAAGAUUCAGCUUACUCUGUUGCACGCUUUUUUCAAGAUGGUGGUGUAUUAAACAAUUACUACAUGUACCAUGGAGGAACCAACUUUGGACGCACAUCAGGUGGACCGUAUAUAACCACGUCGUAUGACUAUGAUGCCCCAAUUGACGAGUAUGGGAAUUUGAACCAGCCAAAAUGGGGACAUCUUAAGCAUCUUCAUUCAGCAAUAAAAUUAGGUGAAAAUGUUCUUACAAGUUAUAGUGCAAGGAACGACACGGAUCUUGGUAAUGGAAUCACACUAACAACAUACACUAAUUCCACUGGAGCUAGAUUUUGUUUCUUGAGUAAUAAUGACGCUAAUAAAGAUGCAAAUAUUGACUUACACAGUGAUGGUAAAUACUUUGUUCCUGCUUGGUCUGUCAGUGUUCUUAAUGGUUGCAAUAAAGAAAUUUUCAAUACUGCAAAGGUUAAUAGUCAAACCUCAAUAAUGGUGAAAAAGAGCGAUGAUAAAAGUUCUACUAAGCUCACUUGGGAAUGGAAAAUGGAGCCAAAGAAAGACACCAUGCAUGGAAAGGGAAAUAUUAAAGCACACCAGCUUUUGGAGCAGAAAGAACUAACAUUGGAUGCUAGUGACUAUUUAUGGUACAUGACUAGUGUUGAUAUCAACGACACUUCUAUUUGGAGCAAUGCAACUCUUCGUGUGUACACUAUGGGUCAUACACUUCAUGGUUAUGUUAAUAGGAGGUAUAUAGGAUACCAAUUUAGCCAAUGGGGAAACAAAUUCACUUAUGAAAAAAAAAUUUCUUUGAAGAAUGGAACAAACAUUAUAACUUUGUUGAGUGCCACCGUUGGGCUUGCAAAUUAUGGUGCUUGGUUUGAUGAGAUAAAAAAUGGCAUACCAGGUGGUCCUGUUCAGUUGAUUGGAAAUAAUAAUGUGACUAUGGAUUUGUCAACCAACCCUUGGUCUUAUAAGGUUGGUUUAAAUGGUGAGAGAAAACAUCUAUAUGAUUUGCAACCACACGUAAGUGUGUCAUGGAACAAUAAUUCAUCUUAUAUUCCUAUCGGAAAGCCCAUGACUUGGUAUAAGUCUGAGUUUAAAUCUCCUUUGGGAACAAACCCUGUUGUGGUUGACCUGCAAGGAUUAGGUAAAGGCCAUGCCUGGGUGAAUGGCCAUAGCAUUGGUCGUUAUUGGCCUUCUAUGAUUACAGAUGCAAAUGGAUGCAGCAACACAUGUGAUUAUCGUGGGAACUAUGUAAAGGAAAAAUGCAACACCAAUUGCGGAAGUCCAUCACAAAGGUGGUACCAUGUGCCAAGGUCAUUCUUGAACGAUCACAUGAACACAUUGGUUUUGUUUGAAGAAAUUGGUGGAAAUCCUCAAAGUGUUCAAUUCCAAACCGUAACAACGGGAACUAUUUGUGCUAACGUAUAUGAAGGUUCCCAGUUAGAACUAUCAUGCCAAAAUGGACAAGUAAUCUCACAAAUACAAUUUGCUAGUUUUGGAAAUCCAGAAGGUCAAUGUGGAUCUUUUAAAAUAGGUUCAUGGGAAGCUACAAAUAGUCAAGAUGUUUUGGAAGUUGCAUGCAUAGGAAAAACUAAUUGUGGAUUUACAGUGACAAAAGAAGUGUUUGGUGUAACGCUUAGCACAAUGAGCGUUAAUAAUAAUAAUAAUAAUAAUAAUAUAGCUAGAUUAGCCGUCCAAGUGACAUGUUAA